AUGGAAGCCAGCGCCGGACUUGUUGCCGGAUCUCACAAUCGUAACGAGCUCGUCGUCAUUCACGGCCAUGAAGAGCCUAAGGCAUUGAGGGAUUUAACUGGUCAAAUCUGUGAGAUAUGUGGCGAUGAGAUUGGGCUGACGGUGGACGGCGAUUUGUUCGUGGCAUGCAAUGAGUGCGGUUUUCCAGUGUGCCGGCCGUGCUACGAGUAUGAAAGGAGAGAAGGGAAUCAAUUGUGCCCCCAGUGCAAGACCAGAUAUAAGCGUCUCAAGGGGAGCCCAAGGGUGGAGGGAGAUGAUGAUGAAGAAGAUGUCGACGACAUAGAACAUGAAUUCAACAUCGAUGACAAAAAACACAGGAACAAAAACAUAGCAGAAGCCAUGCUUCAUGGGAAGAUGAGCUAUGGAAGAGGCCCAGAAGACGACGAAACCGCCCAGUACCCACCGAUCAUUGCUGGCAUCCGAUCUCACCCUGUGAGUGGCGAGUUCCCAAUAUCAAGCUAUGCUCAUGGAGAGCAGAUGCAGCCUUCAGCUUUACAUAAACGUGUGCAUCCAUAUCCACUCUCUGAGCCUGGCAGUGCAAGAUGGGAUGAGAAGAAAGAGGGAGGGUGGAAAGAAAGGAUGGAUGACUGGAAAAUGCAGCAAGGCAAUCUGGGACCUGAACCCGAUGACUUGGCUGACCCUGACAUGGCCUUGGUAGAUGAAGCAAGGCAACCACUCUCAAGGAAAGUACCAAUUGCAUCCAGCAAGAUCAAUCCUUACCGGAUGGUGAUUGUGACUCGGCUUCUUGUUCUCGCCAUUUUCCUUCGUUAUAGAAUCCUCAACCCAGUGCACGAUGCCAUCGGCCUCUGGCUUACUUCUGUGAUAUGUGAGAUCUGGUUUGCCUUCUCCUGGAUCCUUGAUCAGUUCCCCAAAUGGCUCCCCAUUGAUCGCGAAACUUAUCUCGAUCGCCUUUCUCUCAGAUACGAGAGGGAAGGCGAACCAAAUAUGCUAGCUCCAGUGGAUAUCUUUGUCAGUACAGUGGAUCCCAUGAAGGAACCUCCUCUUGUUACAUCUAACACUGUUCUAUCAAUCUUAGCAAUGGACUACCCAGUCGACAAAAUCUCAUGUUACAUUUCCGAUGAUGGGGCUUCAAUGUGUACCUUCGAAGCAUUAUCAGAAACUGCAGAAUUUGCUCGAAAAUGGGUUCCCUUCUGCAAGAAAUUUUUGAUUGAACCUAGAGCCCCAGAGAUGUACUUCUCUCUGAAGAUUGAUUAUCUUAAGGACAAAGUGCAGCCUACAUUUGUCAAAGAGCGUCGAGCUAUGAAGAGAGAGUAUGAAGAAUUUAAGGUUAGGAUCAAUGCAAUUGUUGCAAAAGCCAUGAAGGUUCCUACAGAAGGAUGGAUCAUGCAAGAUGGGACACCAUGGCCAGGAAACAAUACCAAGGAUCAUCCGGGUAUGAUUCAAGUCUUUCUGGGUCAGAGUGGAGGCCUUGAUGCAGAAGGAAAUGAGCUCCCUCGCCUUGUUUACGUUUCUCGUGAGAAGAGACCUGGUUUUCAGCAUCAUAAGAAAGCUGGUGCCAUGAAUGCCCUGGUUCGUGUCGCUGGAGUCCUUACCAAUGCUCCCUUCAUGCUGAACUUGGACUGUGACCAUUACUUGAAUAACAGCAAGGCUGCACGAGAGGCAAUGUGCUUCCUGAUGGACCCACAAAUUGGGAGAAAGGUCUGUUAUGUCCAAUUUCCUCAAAGAUUUGAUGGCAUAGACAGGCACGAUCGAUAUGCCAACAGAAACACAGUCUUCUUUGAUAUAAACAUGAAAGGUCUAGAUGGGAUUCAAGGUCCUGUAUAUGUUGGCACUGGAUGUGUCUUCAGAAGACAGGCGUUGUAUGGCUAUGAGCCUCCAAAGGGCACCAAGCGCCCAAAAAUGGUAAGCUGUGACUGCUGCCCAUGUUUUGGACGUCGCAAAAAACAGCAGAAAUAUUCUAAACAUGGUGCAAAUGGAGAUGGUGAUAACGUUCAAGGGUUUGAUGAUGACAAGGAGCUAUUGAUGUCCCACAUGAAUUUUGAAAAGAAGUUUGGGCAGUCAGCAAUUUUUGUGACGUCAACCUUAAUGGUUGAGGGAGGUGUUCCUCCUUCCUCCAGCCCGGCGGCCCUGCUGAAAGAAGCCAUUCAUGUGAUCAGCUGUGGCUAUGAAGACAAAACUGAAUGGGGUUCUGAGUUGGGAUGGAUCUACGGCUCUAUCACAGAGGAUAUCCUCACAGGUUUUAAGAUGCAUUGCCGUGGUUGGAGGUCCAUAUACUGUAUGCCCGAGUUGCCUGCAUUCAAGGGGUCUGCUCCUAUUAAUCUGUCAGAUCGUCUCAACCAGGUGCUUCGUUGGGCUCUAGGAUCUGUUGAGAUCUUUUUCAGUCGUCACAGCCCUGCCUGGUAUGGCUACAAGGGUGGAAAACUCAAAUGGCUCGAGCGGUUGGCAUAUGUUAACACAACUGUCUAUCCCUUCACCUCCAUACCUCUCCUUGCCUAUUGUACCCUCCCUGCCAUCUGCUUGCUCACUGGAAAAUUCAUUAUGCCAGAGAUAAGCACCUUUGCAAGUCUCUUCUUCAUUGCUUUGUUCCUUUCAAUUUUUGCGACGGGCAUUCUUGAGCUGAGGUGGAGUGGAGUAAGCAUAGAGGAAUGGUGGAGAAAUGAGCAAUUUUGGGUGAUAGGUGGCGUGUCUGCACAUCUCUUUGCUGUUGUACAAGGUCUUCUUAAGAUUUUGGCUGGAAUAGAUACCAACUUUACUGUCACAUCCAAGGCAUCAGAUGAUGAGGAUUUUGCAGAACUAUACGCUUUCAAAUGGACUACACUCCUAAUCCCUCCAACCACUCUCUUGAUCAUCAAUCUUGUUGGGGUUGUGGCUGGAAUCUCUGAUGCCAUAAACAAUGGGUCCCAAUCAUGGGGUCCACUAUUUGGAAAGCUCUUCUUUGCUUUUUGGGUAAUUGUUCAUCUCUACCCAUUCCUCAAAGGUCUCAUGGGGAGGCAGAACAGGACACCCACCAUUGUUGUUAUAUGGUCAGUGCUUUUGGCUUCUAUCUUCUCCUUGCUUUGGGUCAGAAUUGACCCAUUUGUGUUAAAAACCAAGGGACCUGAUGUCAAGCAAUGCGGAAUUAAUUGCUAAGCAUAUUAUUUGUGUUCCUUUUGAGAGCUGCUCUUCAGCAAAGUUUGUGGGUAUUUUUGUAUAGGCCAAUGGAGUGAUGGAAGAAAGAAUAAAUCCAAGGUGAAAAGUUUUGUUAGCCUAACCUAUUGUACUCUGGUGCUUUUUUUUUUCUAAGGCUUUCAAAACAACACAGAUAAAUUUCCUGGAAUACGAAGUGGAUUGUUUUCUAAUGAAUACAGCAUGGGAAGGGCAUUUAGCUCAAUAGACCACGGAUUAAACAUAUCAUCUCAAACUACAAAUUACUCAGAACAUAACGUAGUAACUAAUGGCCAAAUACAACCACCAGAACAGCAAAUUAAAUUGGGCAUUCCUUUUCUACGAUUUAUUUUAAAAACCGUCAUGCCAAUGGCCAAACUAAGCAGUUUCAAGUGAGAGUAUUUGUACCUCAUGAGAU